CACUGCCAAGGAGAUCACAUGCCCCGUGAGUCACUCCAGAUGUGCUCAAAAACAGAGUCUCUCUGUGGAAACCCGGUCCCCCAAUCCCGGAGAGAGUUGGAUCAAGAGAGGUGCCGACUCCUGUCCCACCCAGGACGCAGCCUCCGGCCUCCACCCUUCUGAGGCAGGGGGGGCAUCUCUGCUCUGCUGCAAAGGAAAGACCCAGAAGCACGCUGCUGUCUCCCUGGGAGGACUGUCGCAGGCAUACCUGUGACUGCUGUGGUCCCAUUGGGUUUGAGGGUCAAUCUUUCAUCCUUCCUGAAGACAAGAUGCGUUGGAAGACGUUGCUGCUUCUGCUGUUGUAUUACAACGCCCAGGCGACCGUGUCCCACGGUUGGAGCAGGGCCGUGCUCUUCCCUGCUGCCCAUCGGCCGAAGAGGUCCUCCUCCGUGCCCCUGAACCCGGUCCUGCAGACCUCCCUGGAGGAAGUGGAGCUGCUCUACGAGUUCCUGCUGGCUGAACUCGAGAUCGGCCCUGACCUGAGGAUCUCCAUCAAGGACGAGGAGCUCGCCUCUUUGCGGAAGGCCUCAGACUUCCGCACCGUCUGCAACGACGUCAUCCCCAAGCGCAUCCCAGACAUCCGCAGGCUCAGCGCCAGCCUCUCCGGCCGCCCCGGCGUCCUCAAGAAGGAAGACUUUGAAAGGACAGUGCUGACCCUAGCCUACGCGGCCUACCGCACAGCCCUGUCCCAGGGCUAUCAGAAGGACAUCUGGGCCCAGUCCCUCGUUAGCCUCUUCCAGGCCCUGCGGCAUGACUUGAUGCGGUCCUCACGUCCCGCAGCGCCCCCCUGAGAGACUGGCCCACACCGGGACCUCGGAGCAGGGGCCAGCACGCACGGGGAUCCAGAAAGUCUUCCUCCUCUACUCCAUCUACAGAGACCAGCAGCAAAACAUGCGCCACCGACACGGAGUGGCAGAGACACAAUAAGAGUGGCCCCGACGCUCUUUUAGCCCUUGUGGCUUCCUGGCAGACACAUCUGAUUCAUACUGUAAGGUGACCUGGGCUGGAGGAAAGUGGUGACCCAAGAUGCCUCCAGAGGCAGAAUGGUUCCCCUGGUGACAUGCAAACGUCUAAGAUAGGCAUCAGCACAGAGUGAUUGCUACCUGCACCUCAAAGUGACAACAGAGCUAGAGGAGACAUCACAGAGGUGUGGGCAUGUCAGGAAGAUGGGGGCAGAUUCCUUUGGUCCUAAGGGACCGGGGUACUGGGUUGAAUGAAUAUUUUUCCAGAGGUUCUAUAGUAAAUAUAAAGUAACUAGAACUAUGCCCAAAUAAAUAUAUUGUUAGCUAUGGAUAUACUUCUUGACUUUUCCAAAACCCACCAAGAAGAAUCGGUUAGAAAAUCAGUAAUUUUAUGAAAUAUAACUCUUAACUCUUCUUUUAUGAAAACUGGUCUAACACAGAAGAGAAACAGGAAGGGGACCCACUGAAAUGCUACCAGUCCAGUCACGAUCUCUUUGGAGAAAUGCUAGGAGGCAGGAGGGAGGUAUUCAUCAUUAGAGAAAAAUGCAGUUUUGCAUCCUGAUAAUUCUCAGUCCCAGAAAAUCAACGACCCUCUGUCUCUCUUUCUCAUUCCCUGAUUAUACUGUCUUUUACUCCCUCAAAUGCACAAUCUGACCUAUGCUUUUUUGUUCAAUCUUUCUGUUUCUAACAUCACAUGUUCUCUCUGACAUGGUCACUCUGCUUGUCUUUUUCUUUUCAUGUCCAUCUGCGUCUCUGCUGCUCUAUGUUUGCGCCCAGGUCUGAAUAUCUUUGUGUCUGUUUCCUGAUGCAUCUCCAAGUCUCCUCUGGUUGCCUCUUGCUCUGUGUCUGCCUGCCAUACUCUGCCUGUCACACUCUCACUGUCUUUCAGUCUCCUCUGGGUAUCACUGUCGGAAUAAAACAAAGGCCAACUGCAGAGUUGAGAUCGCCCAGAGGCAGAUCCACCUGUAGCCCACCUUCACUAUUCGUGCUUUUCCUGGAUGUGGAGUGGGGAUGGCCUUUAUCCCUAGACAUAAUGCAAUACUCUGACAGAGUCUUGCACUCCACCCUGAGAUUCCACCCCCCUGAGAAUGGGUCCGAGAGCUUUCUUAUACUCAGAAUCAUCAGGUAGAAAGACUGCCCACCAUCUAUACCACAAUCAAAUACUGCGUUCACCACCACCACCCAAAAAACCCCCUUUGCCUAAUGAGUAGAAAAGACAAGCCAGACAGACUCUCCCGUUCGGUCUCAUUAGUGCCACAAUCUACACAGCCACAGUCACAACGGGGUCACAUUUUGUCGUAUUUACUCAUACAAUAAUGUGGGAGUAUGAUGUUUUUAGUGGAAACUUGCGUAUGACUUAUGGAACCAUGCUUGCCAUCUUUAUUCUGCUGAGAAAUUUUAGGAUCUAAAAACUCUGAUAGUCACCUAUGUAGUUGGCAUCCUUGCGACUUACCUCCAGGGCCACUGAGGAGACAUUGACAAACACCCAGGUGCUAAGAUUUUCAUUGCUCUGUCAUCUCACCUUGAAUCUAAUGAAUCAGUCAAAAGUGUUUCUGCAGGUGAACCGGUCUAAAAUUAAAUGCUUGAUAAAUGACUUUGCACAACACUCCCUAUUUUCCUAAUCCAUUGUAGAGUACGGUCUUACAUUUCUUUUUUCUAUUAUGGUAAAAAAAAAAAAAA